GUGCGUGGACGUGUGCAGUGCGCGUCAGGCGGUUCCCGGAUGCACCAAACAGAAACAUGGAGCGGGUGGUGGUGGAGGUGCCGAUCGACAACGGUUUUUCCCUCGCCGGACCUUCCACAACCCCAAGAAAGCGUCAGGUGCGUUUCUCGGCACGGCAUGACAUCAUCCUCCUGCGGGAGGUCAUCGCCCAGAACCCCUUUGCCUCCAAAGAACCAGGAAGGAUCUGGGCCCGUGUGGGGGAAAUUAUCACCGGUGUCCUUCAAGAUGAAAACUUUGAGGUGGACGCCAGGAGGUGUCGGGAGAGGACCAUGCUGCUGCUCGACUACUACAAGAAGCAAGAUUUCCCCAGCCUGCGCAGGUUCGGAACAGAGAGGCUCUAUGCCCAGAAGGAGGAUCUGCUCCAUGAGGUUUUGGAGCUGGAGGCCGAGAAGGGGCUGCACACCAGUGGCCACGAAACAAAGUACCAGGAUGAUGAGCUGAGGAAGCAAGCCAUCGAAGAAUUAACUCUCCCCGAGCAGGACAAACCCAACAUCCACAUCGCACAGUCACCCGCUGCUGAUAAUUAUCGAGAAGAAAUCCCUGAUCUGUCAGCGGCGCCCACGGCCAAGCGUGCGUGCCAGUGCUGCUGCCAGACCUACUCUGAGAUCCUCAGCUUCCUGGAGAAACGCUCCGAGGCAGAGCAACGCCUUCGAGAGGAGGAGGUCGCCCUUCGUCGGGAGGAACUAGAGAUUCAGAGAAGUAAGAUCGCUCUGGAGAGGGAACGUCUUGGAGCCGAGAGAAAAGAGAGGGAACGGAGAUUUGAGCUGGAGAGCCAAGAGAGGCAGGUCAUCCUGGACCUGUUAAAAGAGAAGGUUCUGAAACGCUGACAGAGAGGAGCGAACAUGCGUCACCUGCACUUUGAGUUUCCUCUUUGAAAAAUACUGACAACGUGGACUGCUAAAGGAAGCAGGAAAUGAAAAAAGUGAUAACAGAGACAAAAGUGCAUUGAGAUCUCAAAUGAAGGACAGUGAUGUGGGAUGUGCCAUCACCUGUGUCGGUCUUUAAUGC